CAGACUAUCGUCUAAGUUUGGAGGAGACGAUUUUCAAAUUUCGUAGUCUAAAGAUGCAUCGUGAUCGCGUGAGCAUAACUAUCAAGGAUGAUGAAAUCUGGGAGCAGAGAAGGGCCAGAUUGAAAGCACUAGAGUCAGUUCACGAACCACACACCCAAGUGGAAUUCAAUUAUCGUGUGUAUCCACUGCUACACGCAGCCACGAAAGAAGGCAACAUCGACAAGUUCAUCGAAGCCCUUGAAAAGUAUUCUGCCGAAGAAAGGGUCUCUUUGUCCGAGAUUAUCCAUAUACAGGGCCCUUCAAGGAACUCGUUGCUCCAUGUCGCAGCAGGUAUCGAGAACUCCGACAUCCUCCAAGUGCUCCUCGAGGUCAUCCAGGACAAGCAGCUUGCCGCCCAGGCGAACGACAGAGGGGACACCCCGCUUCACGUCGCGGCAAGAGCGGGUAGCAUACGCAUGGCCGAGCUCCUCCUCGACUGCGGCAGUUUUUUGGACAAAGCGAACGAGGCGGGGAACAAGGCGUUGCAUGAGGCUGUGAAGAACGGUGACUACGUGUUGACCGAUCUGCUCCUGCGUCGUCAAGGGUCAACAUCGGUGAUUGAGAAGAACGAGGAGAACAAGUGUCCACUGUACUUGGCAGUCGAGAUGGGGGACUUGAAGAUUCUCUUGCGUUUGCUGCAAGCGGUGGAUGGGAAUGAAGUUCCUUUGUCCGGGAUUGAAGGCAUGUCGCCGGUUCUCGGAGCCGUGAUGCACCAAAAGUUAGAUAUGCUGAUAGAGAUGUCAGAGCAGAAGAAAGAGCUAUUUGAUUUAAGAGAUGCUGAAGGUGGUACUCCCCUCCAUCUAGCAGCACACGAGAAUUACGUCAAUGGAGUCAAUUUCUUGGUCAACAAGUUUCCUUGGAGCGCCUUUGAGCGUGACGAAGAGGGCUAUCUUCCGAUCCAUGUCGCGUGUAAAAUGGGUCAUCUUGAAACAAUCAAGGAGCUGCUUCGACGAUGGGCAGAUCCAGAAGAGUUGCUUACUUUAAUGGAACUGCAAAAUAUACUUCAUGUUGCCGCAAAGUACGGAAGGGCUUCCGUAGUGAAAUGGAUAAUCGGCAAUCCUGAGCUUGAGAAGCUUAUAAAUGCGAAAGACAAGGAAGGAAAUACGCCUUUACAUGUGGCCACAUUGCAAUGGCAACCCAAGGUUCUGCUCUCUCUCACCCGGGACGACAAAGUUGAUCUUAAGCUUGUGAACAACGGCAACUUGACGGCUCUCGACAUUGUAGAUGAGCAACUGAAAGAAAUCGAUGCUCCACUUCGCAAGAGCUUUACACGGACAAUCUUAGUAUCUGCUGGAACACCCAGAAGCAAAGACAAAGCAAUUUGCCAGCCGAAAGGCUUAGGCCCGGCUACAGAGCCUCAAAUUGUGGAUAGAAUAAUGGACGAGGCCAAAACCCGUAUGGUCAUGGAAAAAGUAAAGGACGAGGCCAAUACCCGUAUGAUCGUGGCAACACUCAUAGCUGCUAUGACAUUCGCUGCUGGCUUUUCUGUUCCUGGAGGAGAUAAUGGUUCUGAACCAGAUGCUGAAAUCGCUCGGCUGUUGAACAGACCCAUGUACGAUAUCUUCGUGAUCUGCAACUCUGUCGCCAUGUACAGCUCCAUAAUUGCAGUUGUGAUCCUUCUUUGGACACAGAUCAAUGAUCCGGGUGCGAUGCUUCAUGCCCUUGGGAAGACAAGGCUACCGCUGCUCAUAGCUCUUGCCACAAUGUCCUUGGCUUUCAUGGCGGGAGUCUACUUGACCGUAAGCAAACACACUUGGAUCGCGGUUGUCGCCUUGAUCAUUGGGAUCACCGCCCUCUUCAUUAUCUUGGGUCUUUACAUUGCGUUGUUCAUCCCACUUGGGUACAAUUGUCGUCUUGUCCAGCUCUUCGCCGACUUCAUCAUUAGAGCGGGUAUAUCAAUUUCAAUGACUGAAGGAUGGGCAGACAAUAACUCGGGGCAGCGUGAGUACCAUCUCAAACACUCUGGGAUAGUGCCAAGAAUGGAUAUAAUAAAGAGAAAUGACGUUAUAAAAACUGGUGACUCUGAGCAAUUAAGUUUGGCAGAAAGCGAGGAUUGA